CAUCUCCACCACCGGCGUCUCCGGCGGCCCCAGCAGCGGCCCCGGCGGGACGGCCCCGGCGCCCGCGGGGGCGGCGCAGGCGCACUGUGCCCGGCGGAGCCUGCAGUUGCCGAGCCCCGUGUGCGGCACCGCCACUGUCUGGGCAGCGGCGGCCGGGGGAGCGCUACUACCAUGAACUGCCUGGUCCUCCUCCCCAGAGCCGCUCAUCCUCAUCCGGGUCGGGCUGGAGACACCGUCAGGGGACCCCGCCGCCGCCGCCGCGCCCCCUCCUCUCUCGGCUGCCCCUCCAGCACCGUCUCCUCCUCCUCCUCUUCCUCCACCUCCUCUUCCUGCUUCCCCCCCUCCCCCGCCGCGGAUCCUGGCCGCCGCUCUCCAGACCCAGGAUGCCGGGGGGCAAGAGAGGGCUGGUGGCACCGCAGAACACGUUUUUGGAGAACAUCGUCAGGCGCUCCAGUGAAUCGAGUUUCUUGCUGGGAAAUGCCCAGAUUGUGGACUGGCCUGUAGUUUACAGUAAUGACGGAUUUUGUAAACUCUCUGGGUAUCACCGAGCUGACGUCAUGCAGAAAAGCAGCACAUGCAGUUUUAUGUAUGGAGAAUUGACUGACAAGAAGACCAUUGAGAAAGUCAGGCAGACUUUUGACAACUACGAGUCAAAUUGCUUUGAAGUUCUUCUGUACAAAAAGAACAGAACACCUGUUUGGUUUUAUAUGCAAAUUGCACCAAUAAGAAAUGAACAUGAGAAGGUAGUCUUGUUCCUGUGCACCUUCAAGGACAUUACGUUGUUCAAACAGCCAAUAGAAGAUGAUUCAACAAAAGGUUGGACAAAAUUUGCUCGGUUGACACGGGCUCUGACGAAUAGCCGAAGUGUUUUGCAGCAGCUCACACCAAUGAAUAAAACGGAGGUGGUCCAUAAGCAUUCCAGAUUAGCUGAAGUUCUUCAGCUGGGAUCUGAUAUCCUUCCUCAGUAUAAGCAAGAAGCGCCAAAGACGCCACCACACAUCAUUUUACACUAUUGUGCUUUUAAAACGACUUGGGAUUGGGUGAUUUUAAUCCUGACUUUCUACACGGCCAUUAUGGUUCCUUACAAUGUUUCUUUCAAAACAAAGCAGAACAAUAUAGCCUGGCUGGUGCUGGACAGCGUGGUGGACGUUAUUUUUCUUGUUGAUAUCGUCUUAAAUUUUCAUACGACUUUUGUGGGGCCUGGUGGAGAGGUCAUUUCAGACCCUAAACUCAUACGGAUGAACUAUCUGAAAACCUGGUUUGUGAUCGACCUGCUGUCUUGUUUACCUUAUGAUAUCAUCAAUGCCUUUGAAAAUGUGGACGAGGGAAUCAGCAGUCUCUUCAGCUCUCUGAAAGUGGUGCGUCUGUUACGCCUGGGCCGCGUUGCUAGGAAACUGGACCAUUACCUGGAAUAUGGAGCUGCAGUCCUUGUGCUCCUGGUGUGCGUGUUUGGGCUUGUCGCCCACUGGCUGGCCUGCAUCUGGUACAGCAUUGGAGACUAUGAGGUCAUUGAUGAAGUCACCAACACUAUCCAAAUAGACAGUUGGCUCUACCAGCUGGCCUUGAGCAUCGGGACUCCAUAUCGAUACAAUACCAGUGCAGGAAUAUGGGAAGGAGGCCCCAGCAAGGACUCGCUGUACGUGUCCUCUCUCUACUUUACCAUGACAAGCCUUACAACCAUAGGAUUUGGAAACAUAGCUCCCACCACAGAUGUGGAGAAGAUGUUUUCGGUGGCCAUGAUGAUGGUUGGCUCUCUUCUUUAUGCAACUAUUUUUGGAAAUGUUACCACAAUUUUCCAGCAAAUGUAUGCCAACACCAAUCGAUACCAUGAAAUGCUAAAUAAUGUUCGGGACUUCCUAAAACUCUAUCAGGUCCCCAAAGGCCUUAGUGAACGAGUCAUGGAUUAUAUCGUUUCUACAUGGUCCAUGUCAAAAGGCAUUGACACAGAGAAGGUCCUCUCCAUCUGUCCCAAGGACAUGAGAGCUGAUAUCUGCGUUCAUCUAAACCGGAAGGUUUUUAAUGAGCAUCCUGCCUUUCGAUUGGCCAGCGAUGGGUGUCUGCGCGCCUUGGCGGUAGAGUUCCAAACCAUUCACUGUGCUCCUGGCGAUCUCAUUUACCAUGCUGGAGAAAGCGUGGAUGCUCUCUGCUUCGUGGUGUCAGGUUCCUUGGAGGUCAUCCAGGACGAUGAGGUGGUGGCUAUUUUAGGGAAAGGUGAUGUGUUUGGAGACAUCUUCUGGAAGGAAACUACACUUGCUCAUGCCUGUGCCAAUGUCCGGGCGCUGACGUACUGUGACCUGCAUAUCAUCAAGCGAGAGGCCUUGCUCAAAGUCCUUGACUUUUACACAGCUUUUGCAAACUCCUUCUCAAGGAAUCUUACUCUCACUUGCAACCUAAGGAAGCGGAUCAUCUUCCGGAAAAUCAGCGACGUGAAGAAGGAGGAGGAGGAGCGCCUCAGGCAGAAGAAUGAGGUGACUCUGAGCAUCCCUGUGGACCACCCGGUCAGAAAGCUCUUCCAGAAGUUCAAGCAGCAGAAGGAGCUUCGAAAUCAGGGCUCCACGCAGAGUGACCCGGAGAGGAACCAGCUCCAGGUAGAAAGCCGCUCCUUGCAGAAUGGCGCCUCCAUCACUGGUACCAGCGUAGUGACCGUGUCGCAGAUUACUCCCAUCCAGACAUCGCUGGCCUAUGUGAAAACCAGUGAGUCCCUCAAACAGAACAACCGAGACGCCAUGGAACUCAAGCCCAACGGUGGUGCUGACCCCAAAUGUCUCAAAGUCAACAGCCCCAUCAGAAUGAAAAAUGGAAACGGUAAAGGGUGGCUGCGACUCAAGAAUAAUAUGGGAGCCCACGAGGAGAAGAAGGAAGACUGGAACAACGUCACCAAAGCUGAAUCCAUGGGGCUAUUGUCAGAGGACCCCAAGAGCAGUGACUCAGAGAACAGUGUGACCAAAAACCCACUACGGAAAACAGAUUCUUGCGACAGUGGGAUUACAAAAAGUGACCUUCGGUUGGACAAGGCUGGUGAGGCCCGGAGUCCUCUGGAGCAUAGUCCCAUUCAGGCAGACGCCAAACAUCCCUUUUAUCCCAUCCCUGAACAAGGGUUACAAACCACCCUGCAGGAAGUGAAACAUGAACUCAAGGAGGACAUCCAGUUGCUCAGCUGCCGAAUGACUGCCCUAGAAAAGCAGGUGGCAGAAAUUUUAAAAAUACUGUCUGAAAAAAGUGUACCCCAGACCUCUUCUCCCAAAUCCCAAAUGCCACUCCAAGUACCUCCCCAGAUUCCAUGUCAGGAUAUUUUUAGUGUUUCACGGCCUGAGUCACCUGAGUCUGACAAAGAUGAAAUCCACUUUUAAUAUAUAUAUAUAUACAUAUAUAUUUGUUAAUAUAUUAAAAAUAGUAUAUACAUCUAUAUACAUAUGUGUGUAUAUGUAGUAUAUACAUAUAUAUAUAUAUUUUCACUUGCUUUCAAUAUAAUGAACACAAUAUGGAUUUUGAUAUGUACAUAUUGCAUGUCCAGCUGGAUUCUGGCCUGCCAAAGAAGACAAUUAUUUAAAAAAUACACAUAGAUAUUGCUUGUAUAUUAUGCAGUUGACUGCAUGCACACUUUACAUUUAUAAUCUCUUCUAUGAUAAUAAAAA